AUGAAAAUAUUAAAAAGGAAGAAAACGAUAGAAGGAAGAACAAAUUUUGAUAACGUUCAUAAUGUACAAAUAUAUGGAGAAAAUCAAAUACAUUGUAAUGGGUCCUUGGUAUCAGGACCCGCCUUUUUAACAGUGGUAUCAUCCUUUCUUAUGAUAUUCAUCCCUGUAGCUAUUUUUCAUAUCUUUACAUCAACGUGGUUAUUUGAAAAAGAAAUAUAUUAUGUUUCUAUUGUCAACGUAUUUUUUUUUAUCCUAACUAUAUACACAUUUUUGAGAACAAGUUUUAUGGAUCCUGGUAUAAUACCAAGACAAAAAUCUGUGUUGAAUUUGUACGACGUAAUUGUGGAACAGUAUAGAGAGACACAGCCCCCAAGACAAAAGGAAUUAUUGAUAAACGGGAAUUUUUAUAAGUUAAAAUAUUGUUAUACAUGUAAUAUAUAUAGAGGUAUAAGGACUGUUCAUUGUUCCAUUUGUGAUAAUUGUGUUGAAAAAUUUGAUCACCAUUGCCCAUGGGUUGGGAAUUGCAUUGGUGCACGAAAUUACAAAUAUUUCGUUUAUUUCGUUUUUAAUUUGUAUGUUUUGAUAUGCAUUACAUUAAGUGCAAGCAUUUAUAAAUUAGUUGUGUGUAUAAAUAUCCUAUCAAAGGAAGGAUAUAAUACGGAAAAGAUUUUUAUACACAUAUGGAGAUUUGCUCCUGAUAGUAUAAUAUUAAUUAUAUAUACCAUUUUAACAUUAUGGUUUGUUGUAGGUUUAUUAUGUUAUCAUAUUUAUACUAUCGUCACAAAUCAAACAACAUAUGAACAGAUAAAAACGUUUUAUCAAAAUGAUAAUCCAUUCAAUAUAGGGGUAUUAAAUAAUAUAAAAGAAAUAUUAUUUACUAAAACUAGACCAUCCUAUAUAAAUUUUGUGAACCCCAAAUUACAAAUUAUUGAUGAAAAUUCGUAUCAUAAUAUUUUAUUAUUAAGUGAUAAAGGAGUAUCUAUAUGUGAAGCAGAAGGUAAUGAUAUGGAUGAUCAUAAUUCAUUUUAUAAUCUUAGUAAUGAAAUAAAUUAUAAAAAGAAAACUUUUAAGAAACCAAUAAAAUUAAUUGAUACCCAUGAUUUUCUUACAUCAAAGGAUCUUCAUUUAAAAUUAUUUGAUAAUAAAAUUAAAAAGAAAUCUAAUAAUAUGAAAAAAAAUAAAAUUAAAAUUAAUAAAAAAAAAAAAAAUAAUGAAAAAAAAGACCCUAAUGAAAAAAAACAAUAUAAUGAUAAAAAACAAUAUAAUGAAAAAAAAGACCCUAAUGAAAAAAAACAAUAUAAUGAUAAAAAACACCUUAAUGAAAAAUUUGAUUAUCCCAAAUUUAAUAAUACAUCUAAUAAAGCAAUAGGCAAAUCAACUCAUUAUCUUAAGAUAGAUAAAAAUUUUAGAUACUCAAAAAUUAAAUUACCAAAAGUAAAAAAGGGUAGUGAUAGUGAAAAUGUAACAUGUGAUAUUGAGGAAGCAAAUCAGGUACCUGUAAAGCAGGUUAUUCAUUUGAAUGAAAAUUUAGGAUUACCCAUGUUUAUGAAGGAUCUAAGUAGUAGUAUGAGUAGAAGUGGAAGCAUAAAUAGAAGUACAAGUACAAGUAAACGUAUAGGGGGAAAAGAUUAUAUGGAUAAAGAACAAAGUAAGUGUAAUAUCCAUAGCAAGAAUAGCUUAUAUGAUAUAGAUAACCAUGAUAAUAAUAAGGAUAAGCAUCAUGUAUAUAAUAAUAUUUACCAUGAUAAUUACUAUAAUUACCUUAUGUGUAAUUGUAAUAACUCUACGUUUACUACCAAAACAAAUGAACAAUCUAUAGAUAUGAAUAAUGAAAGCUUAGGGAGCUAUAUAAUGGAAAACGAAAUAAAUCACGAUCUCUGUGAUUUUAGGGUUCACGAUCUUAUGGGAAUUCAUCAAAAACGAAUGAAAGAUAAUAAUUAUAUUAUUGUUAUAAAAAAUUGGAAAGAAGAGAAUGAAAAUUAUAAAAAUAAAAUUAAAAAAAAUAAUAACAACAAUAAUGAUAGUGAUGAUAAUAAUAAGGGGGAUAAUCAUAAUAAUGAAAAUAAUAACAACGAAUAUAAUAAUAAAUAUAAUAAUAAUUAUGAUAAUAAUAACAACAACAACAACAACAAUAAUAAUAAUAAUAAUAAUAAUAAUAAAAAUAAUAAUAAUAAUUGUUGUAAUAAUAAUCAUUAUCUUAAUGAUUAUGCUGAAAAUGAAUUUAAAAAAGAUAAUAUACAAAACACGAAUCAUUCUGGUAAUAUUCAUCAAAGCAAAAAUAUUAUGACCUAUGGUUAUAAUAAAAUAAAAUGUUUUAAUAAAAUUAAACACUCAUUUUUCUAUAAUAAAAAAGGGUUUUCCUUUAUUCAAAAUUUUAAAAAUAAAAAGGAGACAUAUUAUGUUGUCAAGUAUUCAAAUGAAAGGGAUGAACAAAUCAAUGAAGAAGCAAAAUUAAAAAAAAAUAUAAAGGGUAAAGUGACAAACGAUGAAACGUUAAAAGGAAAAGAAAUAAAAGAUGAUCAAAAAGAAAUAUAUUAUUAUGAUGAAAAUAAAUACAUAAAUGAUGAAAAUAAAUAUAUAAAUGAUAAAAAUAAAUAUAUAAAUGAUGAAAAUAAAUAUAUAAAUGUUAAAAAUAAAUAUAUAAAUGAUGAAAAUAAUUAUAUAAAUGAUACAAAUAAAUAUAUAAAUGAUAAAAAUAAAUAUAUAAAUGAUAAAAAUAAAUAUAUAAAUGAUGGAAAUAAAUAUAUAAAUGAUAAAAAUAAAUAUCAUAAUGAUAAUGAUUGUUAUUAUGAAAAUCUUGAACAUGUUCAUAAAUUAAAAUAUCUAAAUAAAUUUCUAUACAAUGGAAAUAAAAAUGAAAUGAAAAAAUAUAAACAUAAUAAUAUAUAUUGUAAAAACAUUUUUAGUAAAAAUUUUUUUUGUGAAUGUAUGGAUGAAUGUUGUUGUAACGAUGGUUAUGAAACUGAGUUAAAAAAAAAAAUCAUUUAUAAAAAGUCGUCACUUAGUGACAAUACUAGUAUGGAUACUCACGUUAUCAACGUAAAAAAGAAAAGUAAAUAUAAGGAGAAAACAAAAAAAAUAAACGAGCAUUAUAAUGAUGAUGCUCAUCAUCAUCAUGAUCAUGUUAAGGGAUUGGAAAAUGAUACUAGUAAAAAAAAUAAAAAAGAAAAACAAACAAAUAAACUUCUUGAUACCGGGAACAAUAAAGAACUUAAGGAACAUGUUCAAAUUAUUCCCAAUGAUGAAUAUAUCCAAUAUAUUAAAUAUAUUGAUGAUAUGAAAAAGAAAGAAAGUUUUUUGUCACAUCCUAAUGAUGUUAUCAUUAAUAUAUAUACGAAUAAAUACGAUGAAAGGAAAAAGAAAAAAAAAAUAAAGUUUAUUUUAAAUAUGAGUAGAAAAAAAAAAAAAAAAAAAUUAUCAAGCAAUAAUAACAUUUACUAUAAUAGUUUUAAUAAUAAUUUGUUAAAAAAAAAAGAAGAAAGAAGGAAACGAAAAUAUAUAAAACUUUAUAGAAUUUCACAACUACUAAAAAGAAGAAAAAAGAAAUGUGAAUUUUAUAACCCUAGUAAAUUAUACUAUUUGGAUAGUAGAAAAAUCUAUAAAUAUAAAUAUAAAAAUCAUUUAUUAAGACAAAAAAUAAAAUUAUUAUCUAAAUCAAAUGAAAAUAUACAUUUGUGUUAUAAUAACAAAGAAUACUUAUCUUAUGAAAAAUAUAAUCUUAGUAAUGAUAUCCUAAACAAAAAAGAUGAUAUUAAUAUAUUUAAUAAAAAAUUGAAAUAUCUAUCCAAAUAUGAUAAAAUGAAGUUAAUCAAUUAUUUAAUUUAUAAACAUAAACAACAUAAAAUGCGUUCAGAUUUAAAAAAGAAAAGCACAGCAUCCAAAAUUUUUUAUUUCUUUACAUCCUUUGCUCUAAUAAUUAAUUGUAUACAUAUACCACCUAAUAAUGAUAAUGACUGA